GCUCUUACACAUUCAGAUGCAGCCCCCAUAUAUUACCACAUCCAUAUUUGAAAAAUAAAAUCAAAACAAUCAAACAUGGAAGACAUGUUACUAUACUCAUCCCUCUCUCUUCUUCUCCUCCUUGUAGCUUUCAAGCUUUUCCUCCAAAGAAAACCACGACACAAACACCUCCCACCAAGCCCGCCUUCUUUGCCAAUUCUAGGCCAUCUCCAUCUUGUAAAGAGACCCCUCCAUCGCUAUUUCCACCGCCUUUCACAAACAUACGGUCAGGUUUUCUCUCUUCGAUUCGGUUCCCGUCUCGUGGUUGUGGUAUCAUCCCCAUCCGCGGUCGAAGAAUGUUUCACAAAAAAUGACGUGAUUUUUGCAAACCGUCCUAGGUCCCUAGCAGGCAAGUACUUUGGUUACAACCACACCACCGUGGUAUCAGCUCCGUAUGGUGAUCACUGGCGUAACCUCCGGCGCAUCAGUGCCCUCGAAAUCUUGUCAGCAAAUCGUCUCAACAUGUUCACAAGCAUCCGAAGAGACGAGGUCAAGCACUUGCUACGCAAACUAUCACGCAACUCUAGCCAAGAUUUUGCCAAGGUUGAGUUGAAAUCUUUGUUCUCAGAGCUGACUUUUAACAUCAUAAUGAGAAUGGUGGCAGGGAAGAGGUACUAUGGGUAUGGAGAGGUGGUGAAGGGCGAGAAAGAAGCGAGGCAAUUCAGGGAAAUAAUGAAAGAGAGUGUAGCCAUUGCUGGGGAGUCAAAUCCAGGACAAUUUUUGCCUAUGUUGCGGUGGAUUGAUUAUGGGGGUUUAGAGAAGAGGAUGAUGGGACUUUCGAAGAGGAUGGAUGAGUUCAUGCAAGGUUUGAUUGAUGAGAAGAGAGGAAAGGAGGGGAAUACUAUGAUCGAUCAUCUGCUUUCUUUGCAAAGAUCUCAACCUGAAUAUUACACAGACCAAAUUAUCAAAGGACUAAUACGGGUGUUGUUAUCUGCUGGGACUGACACAUCAGCAGUAACAUUAGAAUGGGCAAUGUCUUCUUUGCUCAAUCAUCCUAAUGUAAUGAAGAGGGCUAGAAUAGUGUUGGACAAUGAAAUUGGGCAAGAGAAAUUGAUUGAUGAACUAGAUAUUUCUAAAUUACAAUACCUUCAAGGUAUCAUCUCAGAGACUCUUCGCUUAUACCCCGCUGCCCCAAUGCUAGUUCCUCACAUGUCCUCCAAUGAUUGCACUGUUGAAGGAUAUGAUAUACCACCUGAUACAAUGUUAUUGGUCAAUGCAUGGGCCCUGCAUAGAGACCCAAAGGUGUGGGAUGAUCCAGAAAGUUUCAAACCUGAGAGGUUUGAAGGUGGCGAGGGUAAAACACACAAGUUAAUGUCAUUUGGAUUGGGAAGGAGAGCAUGUCCUGGGGAGGGACUUGCCCAUCGUACAAUAGGCUUGACUUUGGCAUCGUUGAUUCAAUGUUUUGAGUGGAAAAGGGUUAGUGAGGAAGAAGUUGACAUGGCAGAAGGUAAUGGAACCACCCUGCCUAAAGCUGUGCCAUUGGAGGCUAUGUGUAAAGCACACCCUAUUGUGCAUAAGGUUCUUUCCGAAUCUAAACAUGAUGUUUGAACAAUGUCCUUAGCACGUAUAUUUGAUUCUCUGUAUCUAUAUAGAUAGCAUUACUCAGCUUGUAUUGAACAAUAAUUUUUCUUUCAA